GCUCGGUAUCAUGACAGCCGAGGACAAGCGGGCAUCAGCAGCGCGCGAGAGAAAGAGCGGGAGGAGAGAGAAGACAGUGACUGCAGUUGCAUGCUCUCUCUCGACGUUGGAUGGAUGUUGUUGUAAGAGCAUCUGCAACUGGGAAAAAAGGAGUGGGGAAGAGGAGGUAUACACUAACUCACCGAGGAAAGAUCUAUGCUUGGAUUUCGGCUCUUUUUUCUUCGCCAAUGCAAAAGGAAAUAUGCAGCGAAGCUUCACCCUCCUGUACACCAGUUUUCUGGGGAUGUGCUUGGGUUCAAGUUUUCCAAGUAACAUCAAUAUAGGGGGACUAUUCCCAACCGAAUCUCACGAAUAUGAGGUGUUUCGGUUCGCGCUCUCGCACCACCAGGAUAUCCCCAAACUGGUGCCGCAGGUGGAUAUGGUCAAGAUGGGCAACAGCUUCUCCAUGACAUAUGCCUUCUGUUCCCAGUUCUCUAAAGGUGUCUAUGCCAUCAUUGGCCUCUACGACAGGAAGACGGUCAACAUGCUGAUGUCGUUCUGCGGGGCGCUGCACGUGUGUUUCGUCACGCCUUCCUUCCCCAUCGAGACGGCCAACCAGUUUGUGAUCCAGCUGAGACCCGAGCUACAGGACACUCUGGUGGGGGUCAUAGACCACUACGGAUGGACCAAGUUCGUCUACAUGUACAGCUCAGAUUCUGGCCUGUCGGUCCUGCAGAAGGUCCUGGACACAGCUGCUGAGAGGAGCUGGCUGGUGACGUCUGUCAACGUGGAGACCAUGACGGAGGCCUCAUUCCUCAAGGUGUUCCAAGACCUGGACAAGAGGAAGGAGGGACAGAUCAUCAUCGACUGUGAGACCGAAAGACUCACCUCAAUCCUAAAAAAGAUCGUUGAACAAGGGAAGAAUGCUAAGAGUUACCACUACAUCCUGGCCAACCUGGGUUUUCUGGACAUUGAUCUAACAGACCUGAGGAAAGGCGGGGCCAACAUCACAGGCUUCCAGCUGGUCAACUACACAGAGCAGAACGUCAGCCGUACCAUUCAGCAGUGGAUGGAGUUCGAAAACAAAGACGCCAAGUUCCCCAAGAGACGCCUGAAGUACACCGGAGCGUUGACAUAUGAUGGGGUGAAGGUGAUGUCUACAGCGUUCCAGAACCUUCGGAAACAGAGGAUAGACAUCUCUCGCCGUGGCAACGCAGGCGAAUGCCUCGCCAACCCACCGGCACCCUGGGGCCAAGGCAUAGAUAUACAGAGAGCCCUGCAACAGGUGCGUAUCCAUGGCCUGACAGGUCACAUCCAGUUCAAUGAAAAAGGACGCAGGACCAACUUCACCGUCAGUGUCAUGGAGCUAGCCCCCUCUGGACCUAAGAAGGUGGGCUACUGGAACGAGGACGAGAAGUACGUGAGCACAGCCACCUUCAUGAGAGGAAGCAACGACAGCAGCUAUGGCCUACAGAACAGGACCUACAUAGUUACCACCAUCCUGGAAUCCCCAUACGUGAUGCUGAAGAAGAACCAUGAUCAGCUGUCAGGGAACGAUAAGUACGAGGGUUACAUCGUGGAGCUAGCGGCUGAGAUCGCCAAGCACGUUGGAUACCACUAUAAACUGAAGGUGGUCACAGAUGGGAAGUAUGGAGCCAGAGACUCCGAGACCAAGAUGUGGAACGGCAUGGUUGGAGAGCUGGUGUACGGGAAAGCAGACGUGGCGGUAGCCCCGCUGACCAUCACCCUGGUCCGAGAAGAGGUGAUCGACUUCUCCAAGCCCUUCAUGUCUCUGGGCAUCUCCAUCAUGAUCAAGAAGCCCACCAAGUCUAAACCAGGUGUCUUCUCCUUCCUGGACCCGCUGGCCUAUGAGAUCUGGAUGUGUAUCGUGUUUGCCUACAUCGGUGUGAGCGUGGUCCUGUUCCUGGUGAGCCGCUUCAGCCCCUAUGAGUGGCACGCAGAGGACUAUGAGGAGGGGGCCGACCCCCAGACCCCUACCCAGCCGACGGGGCCCGGUUGUGCUGGGCUACAGUCGGGGCAGAGCCCUGGUCAGCAAGGCCAGAACCAGCAGAAUCAGGAACAGACCAACGAGUUUGGCAUCUUCAACUCUCUCUGGUUCUCCCUGGGAGCCUUCAUGCAGCAGGGAUGUGACAUCUCACCCAGGUCUCUGUCAGGGCGGAUAGUGGGUGGCGUGUGGUGGUUCUUCACUCUCAUCAUCAUCUCGUCCUACACGGCCAACCUAGCUGCUUUCCUCACAGUGGAGAGGAUGGUGUCCCCCAUAGAGAGUGCUGAGGACCUGGCUAAACAGACUGAGAUCGCCUACGGAACCCUGGAUGCUGGCUCCACCAAAGAGUUCUUCAGGCGGUCUAAGAUCGCGGUGUUUGAGAAGAUGUGGUCGUACAUGAAGUCGGCCGACCCCUCAGUAUUCGUGAAGACCACAGACGAGGGAGUGAUGAGGGUCAGGAAGUCUAAAGGGAAGUAUGCCUACCUGUUAGAGUCCACCAUGAACGAGUACAUCGAGCAGAGGAAACCCUGUGACACCAUGAAGGUCGGGGGGAACCUGGACUCUAAAGGAUAUGGUAUCGCCACGCCCAAGGGCUCACCCCUCAGGAUCCCGGUAAACCUAGCCGUGUUGAAGCUCAAUGAGCAGGCCGUCUUAGACAAACUAAAGAACAAAUGGUGGUACGAUAAAGGAGAGUGUGGCAGCAACGACUCCGGACGCAAGGAUAAGACGAGUGCGUUGAGCCUGAGCAACGUUGCCGGAGUGUUCUACAUUCUGAUUGGAGGACUGGGCCUGGCCAUGCUGGUGGCGUUGGUGGAGUUCUGCUACAAGUCCCGAACCGAGUCUCAGAGAAUGAAGCAGAACAUCAACGACGCCAUGCACUGCUCCACCAGAAUGAGUGGGAACGGGAACGGGAACGGGGGAGGAGGAGGAAUAGGAGGAGCAGGAGGAGGAGAGAACGGACGCAUCCUAACUCACGACUUCCCUAAAACAGUCCAGACUCUCCCCUGCAUGAGCCACAACGCCAGCAUGGGGCUCAGCGCCUCCGGCAUGUAAUCACAUGACCUGGCACAAGGGGCUGAGCAGUAGACUGACUCAUAGACCUUACAAAGAUGGCCACAUUACUGGCGACAUUGACCUUAUGAACAUGGCCGUCUUUCUGACACGUUGUUUAUGUGGUGGCUGCGUGAUGUGUGUCCGAGACAGACUUCAAUACUGCUGCCAAAUGCAUUCUGAAAUCACUCAUUACGAACAGGGGAAACAUGUAGAUGGAGUAUAAAAAUGAAAACAAAAGAAGAUGAGGAACAUGUUGCUACAAAAAGGAGCCAUUGUUGGGCCGAGAUGUUUUUUUUUAUUUAUUCAGAUUUUUUCAAACAAGGUGUUCAUUUCUGUGUAAAAAAUAAAGAACUAUCCCAUAAAGGCCACCCGAACUGCCCUGAGCUGACCUCCUCUGCCCUACCUUUGGCUGUCUUUCUCUGCCCUGCCCUGAAUUUCUCUGCCCUGCCCUGGACUGACUCGCUCUGCCCUGCCCCGAGCUAACCUUCUCUGCCCUGGGUUGACCUACUCUGCCCUGCCCUGAGAUGACUUUCUUUGCCCUGCCUUGACCUGACCUGACUUUCUCUGCCCUGGGCUGACCUUCUCUGCCCUGGGAUGACCUUCUCUGCCCUGGGAUGACCUUCUCUGCCCUGGGCUGACCUUCUCUGCCCUGCCCUGAGCUGUGGCCGUUCUAUUGACUACUGUCAGUCUGUCUGUCUGUCUGUAAUAUCUCAGUUCGCCACCUACUCUCUCUGACCAUUUACUUAGUGAAGACGGAUCACAAAAUGGGAUUUGUUUUUGUCUUUGCAGAGUUAAAAGACAAUAAUGAUAAUAACACUGAUUGACUAUUAAGAUGAUUUAAUAUGUGUGUGUCUCUGGUUUCUCUCUUGUGUGUUUUUGGACACAGUUACACACGCUAUGUUGGAAAGGCAUCAUGAACAGGAACACAAGCAUUUCAAGCACCAAUGCAGUAUUAUAAUACAGACAUUAAUAAUCAUGCACAGAGCUCAGUCAUUCCUUGCCUCCCUGAACCAUCUGCUGACAGUCAUUCCUACAGAGAUUGAUCCCUGAAAUGGUUUUGAUUUAAUUUGUCCUGAUCGCACAGGAGAAAGAUGUUUAAAUUGAUGCUUAACUAGCUGUGUUGUGUUCUCCUCAACAAACAUGCUUUGCUGCUACACCUCACUGAACACACCAUACCACUAAACACACCAUACCACUGAACCCACCAUACCACUAAACCCACCAUACCACUGAACCCACCAUACCACUAAACCCACCAUACCACUGAACACACCAUGCCACUGAACACACCAUACCACUAAACCCACCAUAACACUGAACCCACCAUACCACUGAACCCACCAUACCACUGAACCCACCAUACCACUGAACCCACCAUACCACUGAACCCACCAUACCACUGAACCCACCAUACCACUGAACACACCAUACCACUGAACACAUCAUACCACUAAACCCACCAUACCACUGAACCAACCAUACCUCUGAACACACCAUACCACUGAACCCACCAUACCACUGAACACACCAUACCACUGAACCCACCAUACCACUGAACACACCAUGCCACUGAACACACACACGCACACAUACACUGUCGCUUCAUCAAACUCCCCAGAAUGAUUGCUGUGGCUAGAUUUGGAAGAGAGGAAGUAUUGACUGACAUGGUCAGAACUUGACAAAGUACCACAGAUUAACACCAUUGAUUUCUUCAGUGGCUCUGCUGCAUUAUUUUGUAGAGAGAGAGUAGCCAUUUUGGAACACGGCCUAGCUGACAGAGGAAGGGGGCAUGACUUACACACAGAAUUUGAUUUACAUGUUCACAGUCAAUCAGCCGUUGGCAAUCGUUAAUGGAGACCAUGGAAACGGUGGCUACCACCACAGCAACUCAUCUUGUUUCUCUCUCUCUCUCAGUAGUUUGUGAUUUUAUGACGGAGGUUGUUCAGUAUCGUUUGAUGUUUAGGUCAUUGUACGUGUUGCUGUGGCCUAUAGGGCUGGCAGCAGAGAGAACCCUCGUUAGGAUACUGGAAUCAGAGUCAGAGACAGCCUGCCUACAGCUACAAAGGGAACAUUUGCUCGCUACACUCUCCAGCUCUGCUCUGGCUCUGUUUGUGGGUCUCUGCCAUAAAGAGAGUGUUCAAGACUGACGCAACUGCGUCAGGCUGUUUUUCUGCCAUAGCCAGGGUGUAGGAUCCAGUGCUAAACGUGGAACAACCUUAAACUCUUGAACAUGUUUGACAGUGAAGACAGAUACUGGGCAGAGAUAGACUCCUUACAUCAAAUAUACUGUAUCUCAUCUCUCCAUCCACUAUGUAUAUAACAGGGUUGAUUCUCCUGCAGUGAAACUUGUUCUUUCCUUCUCUGACCCAAUCAGCCUCUCUGUACCUGACUGAUGCUUCUCUUCUUAUCCUUUCUAUCUUCCUUUCUUUCUUCUCCUUUCUUUCUUUGGAGUUGUAUUGACGAAGGCGCAGCACAACGCGAGUCCUUGGCGGAUGGUUUGUCUCAGAGAAGGAGAGGUUUUCUAUGCCCUAACAGAUUUUUAAAAAGACAUUCAAUGUUUGUAUCGUAUGGAGAGUUUGAGAGCUGCAAAAAACUUUGAAAAAGUGUAGGAAAAACAGAUGUUGAAUAGUGGGUAGACAAUAAUGUUUUAAGUUUGACUUUUAAUUGGUUGUCAAUAUUAUUUUGAUUUAAUUGACAUUUGAAUAAAAGGGAUGUUCAGUUGGUGUUUUCAAGACUGAACACCAUUUGACUUUUCUUCUUAAUUUGUUAUUUUUUUCAAAGUAUUUUAAUACCAGGAUAUAAAGUGAUUAUUUAGUUUGUUCACCUGAAAACCUCACAGUACAGUUGUUUUUCUAUACAUCACUACUGAAAGAUGUUGCUGAAUAAAACAUGUAUAAAAUACAUGGAGAUCAUUCAUGAAUUUAAAAAAAGACGGAAAUAAACUUUUGAGAAAUAAACGUUUUCUAACCAAAGUGUCUCUGAAGAAAGUCAUCAUGCUUUUUGUAACAGAAUAAAGGAAUAAACUAUGUGAA